AUGCCCGCGCCCCGACACGCGUGCCGCCCGGCGUCACCUCGCUCCCCCUCACCCCCGCCCCGGCUCCAGCUCGUCCCCCUGCAGCGCCGCCAAGGCCGGGAGCGGUCUCCGCGCAGCUCCGCAGGCUGCCCUCUUCCCCCUUCUCCCGCCCCCAAAGCGCGCCCCGACCUGCUGGACCUCCCCGGCCCCACGGAGGCGAGGACCCGGCGGCGCCGAGACGCGCUGACCGACGCAGGCGGCCGGGAGAGCAGCCGGCCCCAUCCUCCUGCCGGCGCGACCGGGGCCUCCGGGGCCGCAGAGGGGCGGGGAGGGCCGACCGGACUUGCCGGCGGCGCCUGA